CAAACUUCCUUAUUGGAUUCUUCCGCACUGUUCUAAUUGACGCGUUUCUGCGCCGAUGAAUCUCAAAAGGUUUUCUCCUACGACUCAUCGCAGUGAGAGCUGAAACUAGUUUGGUCUUGAAACAGGCCCAAUAUUGAGAGAGAGAGAGAGAGAGAGAGAGAAUGAGGCAGAGAAAGAGGCAUUUGUUUGCAAUUCAUCACUGUUUUAUGUUGCGCCUACACUUAUGUAUUAGGUUGUUAUGGAUGCUAUCUCAGGCGCACAGAAAAGUCGCGAAUCUUUCAGGAAUCCAUGUCACCGUUAUUAAGUUGAUAGAUAGCUCUAUAGCCGGGUUUUAUUGAAGCAAUUUAAUACAACAUUACUAAUUCACAAUAAUCAAAUAUGCAAAAGAAAAAAACAACAACAAAAAAAACAACAACGGCAUUUUAGAAUAAAAAUGCCAUAAAAUAUACAUAACAAAAAAUUAUUAUGCAAUUAUUGGAAGUUGGGAUUCCAUAAUCUACUGAGAUUGAUACACUUACUUGUGACCAGGAGAUUUACAUAUUUAGUUGUGAACAGGAGAUUUACAUAUUUAGUUGUGACUAGGAGAUUGACAUAUUCAAUUGUGAUUAGGCUAUUUAGUUGGAGCUUGUUGAUGCGUCUCAUUGCUGCGUUGCUCUAGACUAGACAUAUAUUUUUUGCUUGAGUGUAAUGGCGGCACUUAACAGUCAAGAGCUUUGAAACAUGUCUACGCAGUACCCACUUACAAUUGCAAACAUUUGUUAACAUUUAUUAACUGAUAAUUAGAUCUACAGCUCUCGUAAUUGUAUUCCCUAUACAUUAACAUUUUAUUUAUUGCUUUGUAUAGAAACACGAAAUAGCAAUAAUUUUAAAAUGUGUUUUAAAAAGUCUUUCGAGGUCUCCAUCGUCAUCUGUACCUAUUACUGUAAUGGGUAUUUUCUUAGUAAGUGGCAAUUGAUCAUUGAAAAUCUUGAAAAUGAUUUUGCAAGACGUAACUAUCUUCUCUUUUGAAGAAACGAAUGAAGUAUAAAAGAUAUUUCUGCGGAUAGAGUCAUCCCACGAACUUUACGAGCCUUGUGUGUAGCGAAGUCAUACAGUAUAUCAUAAAAAUUCUAUUUCCUACAUAAAUCACGCUCAAUAGCAAGAAUUACCAAAUGUUUAAAUCUAUCUACGAGAAUUGUUGAACUAAAGUAAUUCUUCAUUAGCUUGAGGCGCGAGAAGCUUCUUUCACCAGAUUCCAAAAUUACUGGAUGAUGCCUUUCUUUUUAUCGCGCUUAGGAUUGGCAUUUUCCUUAUUGAAUGACACCCCAAAAUGACAAUUUUUGUCUAUAUAUUUCAGGAGAUUCGUAUGAGUUUUCUAAAGAUUUUAAUAAUUUCCGGAUAUUUCCAGGACUUUUUCGUAUAUUUUGCAAUUUCAGGAGAUUUUCAGGAGCUCCUGGUAAAUCGACAGGAGGCCGCAGGAAAUCUGUUAUAAGUUAUACAAUGGUUUAAUUUAAUAAUUUAUACACCUAGAAUUAGCUCGGGUCCUAUGAAAGUGCGGGGCCCACUGCGGUCGCAUAAGUGCGGAGCCCACUGCGGUCACCUAAGGCCGACCCUGCAAAAUAGCGGCGUAUACUACGCCGCCGGUCGACUAGUGAAGUAUAAAAGACUAGCAGUACAUACCGGGUAUGCCCGUUGAUUUCGUCCCAGGAUUUAUAUUGUUUAUUAAGACGUGACACCACUUUCUCUCUUUUUUUUUAAUUUGAAUGUACAGUUAACGGGCUACAUUUUAAAGACCCUCCGAGCAGACUGUUUUAUUAGCCCAUUAAUUCGUAGAUCUGUUACAAUGAAAUUUAACAGCCCGCCGCUCUCUUCCUCUUUCCUUCUAUCUUUCUCUCUCUCUCUCUUUUACAAAGCUAAUAUCAACUCACUGUCUCUGUCUGUCUAGUAAAAAGUUUGUACACGUUUCUUCUCCCACACCUAUUCUCGGAUCAAGUUGAAACCUCACAAAAUUAUUAAUUGACAUAAACAAGACAUGAAUCAAUAAAAAAAGGAUCUAAUUAGUCAAUUAAUCCCUGGUAAUUUAUUAUAUUGUUUGAUACAGAUAAGAUAAACUAAUCUUUCAGUAUUCACAGAUAUGGCUAAUUUGUUGGCUUUAGUCCCCUUCAAUAAUUGUUAUGAUUUUUUCCAUCACAUAUUCUCCGAUCUACUUGAUACUUCAAUCAAUUAUUUAUUGUACCUUACAAAACAUUAUUCAAUAAAAACAAAAUAGCCAGUUAGUCAAUUAUUUAUUGUACCUAACAAAACAUUAUUCAAUAAAAACAAAAUAGCCAGUUAGUCAAUUAUUUAUUGUACCUAACAAAACAUUAUUCAAUAAAAACAAAAUACCCAGUUAGUCAAUUAUUUAUUGGUUAUAAUUAUUCUGUUUGAUGCCAAAUAAGGGAAAUAGCUUGUACAUUAUUGAUAGAUAUAGUUUUAAGAGCGGAGUUCUUCCCCUUUAGAUAAACUUUGAUUAAAAAAAAAAGGAUUUUUUAUAUGUUGCUUGUUCUGUCGCUGUUUUUUUUUUUAGUCUGCACAUCAUAAUUUUCCUCGACAUAGAAUUUUGACUUGAUUUGGAAAGACCCACUUUAAAACACGCCCCUGACACAUUCUUUUUUUUUUCGAAUCCCUACGACUGCUACGACAGUUCAUCAGACAGUAGUAACUUUCUAAUGUGCAGAAGAUUAGAAAAUUGGGUCAAGUUUUUGGGAUAAACUUUUUUUAUUCUUAAAAUAAACGUGGUGCUCACAGAAAUAAUUUAAAGAAGUCAUGUUUGUCGUCGUAGACGAAACCUAUCCUAUGAAGACCUUUUAGAUUGUUUUAAAAGCAACUCUCUUGUAAUGGUUUCUCAUUGCAAUGUAGACGUCAACUAAAUGAAUUCUCAUAAGUUAAAAAGUAUACGUCGUCCUUUUCCCAUUCUAUUUUUUUUUCAAGUCAACUUUUGUCACCAGCAAACACAUUCAGUGGACUUAGGGUUCACGAGAAUAGUUCAGAGGCGACAAUAAGACUUCUUUUACAACGGACUUCUUAGGAGGACACUAUUUGAAGUGAACAAAAAAAAAGGGAGGGGGGGGAGAAGGUGGUAGUCUAAGUCCUAAUGGAUUGAUCGUAUCCAGAAAUUUUUGUGCUAUGCUAAGUUUACAAUGCACUCUUAUUUCCUGGAUAGUAGAGACCAUGGGACUAGAUCUAAAUCUUGAUCUAGUUGUUAAAUUUACUUCCUUAUUGUGCUCAUCAUAUUAGUUGAGCGAAGGGAAACAAUUUCAAUGGGAGGAGCAAUACUCUGGAUAAUUGGAAGACAAACUGUUCGUUCUAUUUUCUCUUCUUGAUCUUUACUUUUGUAGUGUCAUUUUUUUUUUAGUUUAGCUUUUUGUUAAAUUUACGCAAUGAUUGAAUGAAUCUUUAUUUUUGUUCAAGAGUAUUAAAUGAGCCUAGCUGACGAUUAGUAUUGACAUUCGUUUUGAAGCAAGGGUCUUCAGAUCGUAUGUGAGAUCCCUGUAGCUGGGUAGAGCCGAUCUGCAUAUCUAGGUCAAGCGACAAUGUUGACAGUCGAGUGGCCUACUAGAUUUAGAUCUACUACCAGGAAGCAGAAAAUCAAUAUGUGUCACAGUGAAAGGUCAUAUGUGUAGCAGUCCUCUUCGAGUUUCUAUCAUGUUUAAUUUAAUCUCUACGUAUCUUUGCUAUACGUUUAAUGAUGUGAUCUAUGCAAACAUAAUUUUAGUAGGCUCUCAGAUGUAGCGAUGAAUGAAUGGAAUUGAUCUAAAUUUAGAAGUCUACAAUUUAUCGUCUAUUAAGUACACUGAAGAUAGAAUCUACCCAAAUAUUCACUACCGCUUGAUAAAUAUAGGCCUACACAGACUACACACAUUAUGGAUAGCAUACCUUUGAAAGGACUGAAAUCGAAGGCCAUUGUCGCAUCGUGUGUUGUUUACUUCUAAAAAACGCCACAAGCAGGAUCGACUUGCUUUACAAGUAUCCAAUUGUGUUUCAUCAAAGGGCUAUCUUGAUCUGGAUUUGAACGCAGCGCUGCUGGUCAAGCAGGAUCAUAUGAUGACGAGAUGAAGAUAAGAGCUCUACUUAUUUUUAUCAGUGUUUUGACUUACAGCUGUGCGCAGGGAAUGUUUGAGUUUCCAGCAGUGGAAGGUAACCCAAUAACAAUGGACUGUUCCUAUAGUGAAGUACAGUGGCUUGUAACAAAUAACAACUACACUAGAGUUGUUGCCAACUGUGCUAACACCAACUGCACUAAUAAUGAGCCCAAUGAUUACCUGGCCAGUAUUCCCAGUACUGGUAGCAAAAAAAAUUCUCUUCUAUUGGUCAAAUCUGUCCGGCGUCCUGGUCUGGAAGCCCAAUGCAGGGUCAACAAUACAUUUACUGCCUAUUUUUGGAAACUUAGAACCAUUGUUAAGCCUACAAUCCCAAACUGCAAUGUACCUGUUCCACAAUCUGAUGGUCAGACAAUUCAUGUGCAGUGUAAUACAUUUGUUUACCCUUCAGCUUUAUGCAACAUAUAUCUUCAGGGACAGCUCAAUGUGUCUUCACGGUCAUCCACCUACAACAAUACCUGGUCAGUCACAAACAACUUGACAUUCACUACCUGUUUGCUAAGUUUUCAAAUCAAAGAUGCUGUCUGGAACAGCUCUGCAGUUUUUCGGGUGGGUGUUUAUCCUGAUGUUAAUUUAGGAUACACUUAUGAGAUUUACAACAAUUGGAGUCUUCUACUUGUUCCAGUUCAAGACAGGCCUAAAGUAAUUGCUGUAACAGCCAAUCAGAGAAGUGGAUAUCUACUUGUGAUUAACAAUAGCCCUGUAACUAUCAGAUGUGUAGCUAUUGGUCAAACUGGCUCUACAUUCUCUCUUUACAAUCAAGCUACUAACCAAGUUCUAGCUACCACAACAAUUCCUCAAAUUCUAGAAUAUAACUUGACAAAUGUUAUAGAAUUAAGGAAUACAAUCACUAGAUGCCAGGUGAAUGGAGCAGAGGAUUCCAGAAAAUUCAUUCAUUUAUAUUAUGGAGCAGGCAAUAGUCCUGUGACUUCCUUUACUGCCAAUUGGAAAUCUGAUGUAGUAACAGUGACACAGGGAAGUGAUGUGUCUGUGAACUGUACCGGGGAUGACAUUCAAGGAUACAAGCUAAUUCUGUCUUAUCAUUUUCUUGAUGGUUUUGAGAGUGUCAUGGAUGAAGCUGAGCUUCCUGACAAUAUUUUACAUGUGUUUCACAAUAUUCCUUGUGGCAAUCUUUCCUAUCUUUCUUGCCGUGUUGAUAAUGAUUCUACUACAGAGAAACUAAUCAAUAUUACUGUUGAAUGUGUUAAGAGCUCAUGCUGUGAUUUAAGUUCUAGUUUUCCCAUCAUACCUGUUGCAGCAGGCGUAGCCUCAGGAGUAGCUCUGAUUAUCUUGAUCAUUAUUAUAGUUUGUGCUUGUAGACAUUGUAGAUCAAACAAUAAAAAGUCUGAUACAAAAUCAAAAGUUACCUCUAAUAUUUCAUUAAAAAGGGACACAACCACAAACAUUGAUAAUUUAAAUACUCAAAUUAAUUUCAUGGAUUAUAUAGACAAUAAAACAAUUAAUUCCAAUUUAAAUAGAAAAGGCAGCAAAGAUUCAUCUGUGGAUAGACGUUAUUCCUCACCUUUACCAAAUACAAACAAUCUACUUCGGAAUACACCUAAAAGAAUGAGUAUAACUCGAAACUCAACCAGAAAAAAACUUGCUGCAUCUUUGUAUUCUGAAAGUUCGAUCCAUAAUCCCAAUGAAAUAACACAGAAUCAAGACAUAUAUUACAUUAAUUCAGGAUAUGUGAGUAGUUCUGAUACAUCGCUACAUCAAGAUAUGUCAUCAUCUUCAUCUUCUGUCACACUGCCACCUAGUUACAGAUCAGUAACAAUAUCUAGUAAGGACUAUGAUGUGCCCUAUUCUGUAGUGAACAGGACUAAGGCUGUUGAUAUAUCACAGAAACCAACAAACCAUUCAACACAGUCUAAGCCAAUAGUGCCUUAUCAAAGAGAGUAUGAUUUGCCUUAUGGGCAUGAAUACAGAGAUAAAUCUACAUCUAAUGCACCUGUUAGACAACAGAAUCACUCUAACAGUAGAGCUCCUAGUAAACCACAAAGACUGAAUCUGGCCCAGACUAAGCCUAUUACAGAAUUAAAUAUGUCUCAUGGUCAAGGAUACAGCACUGAAGUGUAACAGAUUGGCUUUUGCUGUAUCACAAUUAAUUUUAUUUAACUGUAAUACCAAGAAGUUAAAUAAUCAAACAGGUAUUUACUAUUAUAAAGAUCUGAAGUACAAAAGUUAUGUAUAUUAUGCCAGCACUAGAAGGGAGUAGUGCAUACUCUGUUUUCUGGUAUACACUGCAUUAUAUAAGAUAAGGUAAGGUACCUUAUGAUAUUAAAUUAGGAUUGUUUUUCCAACCACUUGUAUCUUUGGUCAUCAAGAGAGAUAUACAUUGUUUGGCUAGUAGUCUCUAUUAAAGGGUCUCUAGUUUGAACCCUAGAGUAGACCAACAAUUUUUCACAGAGAUUUGACUUGAGCUGAGUUGGAUUUUGCAAGUACCUAAAAAGUAAAAGUAGAGUAUCCCUUUCAGAUCAAGGGAUAUAAGGGGCAGAUGAUGUAAUAGUCAUCUGUUUCUCUGGUCCACAGCUAAUGAGGCUGCCUUGUAGCCAGAUUGAUAAACAACCACCUUUGAUUUUCACCAACUAAUGUCAGGUACACAUUAGAGUUGGGUGGACUUUGGCACCCUAAAAAUCUAGAAAUUCAAAUUGCCAGUCUUGAGUGGGAUUUGAAUCUUAGACCUCAUGGCUCAAAAGCCAAUCACUUGACCCUCAAGCACCCCCCCCCCCCCAUUGCUUAAAGGCAG